AACAGUUCGUGACAUCCGCCAUUUUUUAUAAUCUUGUUCCUCGUUAUAAAUGUAGUUUACGAAGUUCUCAUAUGUUGUGUUAUUUAUUUGAAGAAAGCUCCCUAAUGGCUGUAAUAUAUCAUAUGUGUUUUUAAAGUACAACAGAAUCAUCAGUUAAAGAGCAGGAGUCAAACAGAGUUACUGAAGAAAUGACUGGAAAGAAAGUGUCCCCGAACAACAUCACUCAGAACGGAUUGAGCACAAGGCAGUCGGAAAAAGAGAUGGGUCGAAAUGGACAUGCGUGUGGCGAUAAGACCGUAGACCAACUCCCCUCACACGUGAACAAUGGACAACUUUCCGGAGAGACGAGUUCUCCUGUACCGGAACUGACGUCACGUGCCAAGGUCAUAGUACUUGCGUCCUGUAUGUGCGUCAACUUCCUGUGUAUCGGCUUUUCCCUCGGCCUGGGAGUCGUGUUUGUCCAAAUCCUCGACGUCUUCAACACCACCCGCGCACAGACGUCCCUGAUGCAGUCGUUGUGUAUUGGAGUAAUAUUCUCAGGGUCGUUAAUAUGCGGACCGAUAGUGCACAAGCUGACCCCUGGCAACUCCAUGAUAUUGGGAGGCUUCCUGUCCAUGGUUGGAUGUGUGGGAGCUACCUUUGCCCCUAACGUGGAUGUCCUCAUCGUCACUGUUGGAUUUAUAACAGGCGCCAUCAGAGACGUGACGGGGGACUACCUACUGAUGUUUUACCUCGCUAGUGGAGUGGCCGUGGUAAUGGGUGCUGUCUUUUUCACUCUGGAGCUCUGGAUGCGGCGGCGGAAAACCAGUUACAUGGAGGAAACUAUUUCUGAGGAAACUAUUGACACCAAACUAUGAAAUGUUUAAUGUAUCGUUAUGUCCAGUUGUCGGGAUCGAGUGUGAUUUUACUGAAGGUUCAGCUCGAUUCCGGCAACAUCACGCCGGGAGACAUGAAGGGACUUCACAUAGUGUACGUCUAUGGGGACUUGGAUCCGGUCUUCACCGUGACGAAUGAAUACUGUAACUACUACCUCGGGGGUACCGUCGCCAAGAAAAUAUCGAUAGCCGGUAAUGUGUUGUUGUGACGUCACGUCGUUGAAUGUGUCUUGAAUGAAUAAAUGUCAGCGUGAUUGUG